AACUAACCCUUUAAACAUUGAUUCAGAUGAUCAAAGCAAUUAGCAACAAUUUUAGAAUGUUUAGUGCAAUCUCACUUGAAGUCUAUUCUGAUGACAUUGAAAGGGGAGAUGUUUAUUCGAGUUGCUUUUGAUAUACAGGCACUACGUGUAUCUAUGGAGGAACAAAGGCAGAGGCAGGAAGAAGAGGCUCGUAGGGCGGCUGCCCAAUCAGCAGCUGAGGCUGGCAUUCCCUCCUCAACUGCUGACGAAUCAGAGGAAGCUCUUUUGAAGAUGUCUACCUCUCAGCCUGAGAGUGGUGUGGCAGCACUGCCAGACUUCAGCAGCAUGACAGAGGAGGAGCAGAUAGCCUAUGCCAUGCAGAUGUCCCUGGCAGGUGGAGAAUUUGGAGAAUCAAUGGAUACGGGAGCUCCAAUGGACACUGCGGAAUCUAAGGAAGAGGAUGAUUAUGAUGUAAUGCAGGACCCAGAAUUCCUCCAAAGUGUCCUGGAGAAUCUACCUGGUGUUGACCCCAACAAUGAGGCCAUCCGCAAUGCCAUGGGCUCCCUGGCCUCUCAGAGUGGUAACAAACAAGAGGGGAAAAAAGAUGAGGAGAAGAAGAAAUAAAUUCAACAGUGUUCUGUGACUGAUUGUGAUUGAUGUACAAGCCAUUUGACAAUGAAAAGCAGAAAUGACUUGAAUUCAAGAAGUGGCCAGCUGAAGUCCUUAUAAAAGCAGUUUUAGAAGCAUAUGGAGAUGUUAUCAGACAUUAACUACCAAAUUACUGCAAUGUUGUGUGGUACCUCAAAAAUUCACACAUGGCUUGCUUUUUCCCCUUUUGCUCUGUGCACAAUUGAUUAAAUAUUUGAUAAUCCCAUGCAAAUGUAAUCUGAAUGGUUUUUGCUUUUUUUUCUAUUGCCAUUAAAAUAUUACAUCUGA